AGAAUAUCCAUAGAUUACUUUGCCAAUUUUUCAUAUUUCCUCCCUUUCCAAAGGCAGCCAGUCUCCUCCUCGCUUUACUGAAAUAUGGAGACCGCCGGAGAGACAACGCAGUCUCAGGAUCGGGCACGGGAGAAAUCAUGGGGGGAGAAAGUAUCAGAAGCAGUACUCUCAGUUUAUGGUCGUCUACCGAAGAAAGGAAAACCUCAGGGCCGUGAAGUCACUGUUUUGGCUGCCUUUCUUGUCUCUUCACCUUCACAAGAACUGAAAGUAAUUUCGCUGGGAACAGGGACAAAAUGCAUAGGGCGUUCACGACGGAGUUCGAAAGGCGAUGUUGUGAAUGAUUCUCAUGCCGAAAUUACUGCAAGAAGAGCUCUACUAAGGUACUUGUAUUCAGAGAUUCGAGAUGUUUACAAUACUCAUGCACAUAGCAAUGGAGGGGUGUUAUGUGAUGAUGUGGAAAAAUUCAUGUUCCAUUUGGAGAGUGAUGGUUUAGGACCAAAAAGAUUGAAAAUGCAGCACGGGUGGCAGUUACAUUUGUACAUAUCACAAUUACCCUGUGGAGUUGUCUCACCUGGUUCAGAGCUAGCUCUAUUGCAUGAUAGUCCUGCAAAGAAAGGGGACAUGAUGUGCUCAUCUCUGCAAUGUGUUUAUACAAAAGGGGAGUCGUCGGGAUAUACUGCAAUGACUGAUGGUUGUGUUCCCAUGCCCUUUGGGACAGUCAUGCGUAAACCUGGACGCGGAAAUUCAACUUUGUCAGUCAGCUGCUCUGACAAAAUUGCCCGUUGGAAUGUGGUUGGUGUACAAGGAGCUCUACUUUCUUAUUUCUUCGAGCCAAUUUAUAUUUCUUCCGUGAGCAUUGGACAAUCCCAUAUAGCUUCUAAAACCUCCAUUACUGGAGAUGAAAUGAUGAGAGCUAUACACGAGCGUGUCUUACCUCUGUCCAACAAGUUAAUGGAUCCAUUUCAAGUGAACAAGCCACUUGUCUUUGUUGCGCCAAUUCCACCCAAGGAGUUUCAACAUUCUGAAACUGCUCUGACCACUUUAACAUGUACUCCAUAUGCUGGAACAAGUCUGGGUUGCAUGAAGUCAUUCUUGGAACCACUGGCAGGAAGCAGGGCACUUCUGCAAAGGGCGCAAUGUCUCCUUCCACUGAGUCUUCUCUAUGCAAGAAGCGGUUUUUGGAAUCCUUCUUAUCACUUCCACAUAAUUGCUUAGGUGAACAUGCUUUUGUUGGAAAUUCAUAUCGAGAACUAAAGGAUAAGUCACAAGAAUAUAAUUUAGCUUCCAAAAUCUUUAAAGGCAGUUCAAAUUUCAAGAACUGGUUUCUGAAACCUCAAGAUUUUGAGGCUUUCUCGUUCAUAGCUCCAUGAGGUGAGUUGCUGCUGAAGAUAGACUGCAUGACUGAAGAAUGACUAUAAUGUUGGCAUUAUGUAAAUUACCUAAGUUUAUUGCGGGUGAUUCAGAAGAUAAUAGUGUGGAAACAAAUUAAAAGGAGUGUGAUGGUAGUGCCUUGCAGGGACGAUGGUGGAUCAGUGAAUGUCUUUGAUAGUUGAAAGUGCUGGACAUUGUCCAUGUGCUGUGGGUCAUUUUGCGGCAGAGAUUGAUCAUUCGAGCCCUUUAGUGGCUAACUUCAUUGAAUUGCCAGUGGAAUUGCUCAAAUUAUGUGAUUUGUGUUUUUCCCCAGUCUACAGAGAAGUAAUUUUGAAGAUUUAGCUUGUUAUCUUUAUUCCUCACCCCCACCCCCCCUCUCUCCCCUCCAAAAAAAUAAAAAGGAAAAUCUUUGCCCUGUUGAGAAUUUUUGCCAUGAUCCAUCAUGCACGUGAGGGUAUUAUCAGUUGGCACUGUUGUGUAUGACUUCUUUGCAUAGUGCUUUGUUGAAGUCCCUCAAA